AUCACUGAACCAAAUAAAAAGAUAGUUGGGAUGGAAACGGUUUAUUUAUACUAAACCGGAUAUGACGAUUUUAAACUUCCGAUCUGGAAUAUAGUUUUACGCAUGCGUCAGAAAUUUUGCCUUUCCUGUCAGAUUCAGCCAUCAUGUCUGAACAAGCUGAUAUCGCCGACCUUAUCGAAAAGAAGAAGAAGCGUACUUUCCGUAAGUACACUUACCGAGGUGUGGACCUUGAUCAACUUCUCGACAUGUCCAGUGAACAGUUGAUGGAGCUGUUUCAUUGUCGAGCCCGACGUCGGUUUACUCGGGGACUCAAGAGAAAGCCCAUGGCCCUUAUCAAGCGUCUUCGUAAGGCAAAGAAAAAGGCCGGACCCCUCGAGAAACCAGAAGUUGUCAAAACUCAUUUAAGAAACAUGAUUAUUGUACCCGAAAUGAUUGGGAGCAUUGUUGGUAUCUACAAUGGCAAAAGUUUUAACCAAGUUGAAAUAAAGCCUGAAAUGAUUGGCCAUUAUUUGGGUGAAUUCAGUAUCACAUACAAACCUGUGAAGCAUGGUCGUCCAGGUAUUGGCGCCACCCAUUCUUCCAGAUUUAUCCCUCUGAAAUAAAUGAAAAUUAUUUACUGUU